CGGCGCCCUCUCCCUGGUUCCCGCGACGUACACGGACUCCCCGCCGCGCGCCUUCGAGAGCGAGUUGGGCGUGCAGGCGCCAGUGGGUUUCUGGGACCCCGUAGGCUCCCCGGCGCUGUUGAUCCAGCCGCCCCGAGGCAUGCCGGGGGUGAUGGCGGCUGGGGAGGCGAGACGGUGCCUCGGGAGCCAUCCGGUCGGGUGGCCCAGGUUGCCCUGAUGGGCGCAAGACCUACCGAUUAUGUGUUUUAUGAUUGCACGCCUGUGGGGCAGACGACCUCAUCUCCUUAUGUGAGUCAGCACACACCCGACAUAAUGCUCGGAUCUUACAGUACGCCUGUAUGGCUCAUGCGGCGUCUCUACAGAUAGAUGCGAAUUCGCUUGGAUUAAUCAUUGCAAUGUUUGUUCUGCGUUGUUCCGCCGUUUAUUGGAGGUCCUCUUUGGAGCCCCACCAGCUGCCUUGCUUCGUUGUGUACUUUGCCAUCGUGCCAUUGGUGGCCGUCAUGUCUGAUGCUAUUCAUGUUACAUAUCGUCGCUGCAGUAUUCUGAGGCACAUUGUGGCUGGAUGGUUGGACAGCUCCUAUGCCGUCAGGCGCUUGUUCUCCGCGUUCCCGUUUGCUGUGAAGCCGGCUCCCUCUAAUUAGGAUCGCCUCUUCUCCUAUUUGGGCCCGUUGUAUGAUUCAGACGUUGCGUUAUGGCUGUUUUCAUCGGUUGUGGAUAAGCGUGCGGUGCCUUUGCCGCUCUCGGUUGAGUCUUACGAGAUGCGGAUUGUCGACCUUACCGUGUUCAUCGGCGUCGACGGGCAUACGAUGCUUUCGGGCAUGCGCCAGGGCUCCAGGACGUUUUCACGAGGUUCACCAUGGGUGGUAGCUGCUGGUGGCGCCGCUGCUGGAUUAUGUGGAUUGCCGUGGGCUUCUUUGGUCUGCGGUUUGUGGGAGAACGCUGUCAUGUAUCUUUAUGCAACCUACUGCACACCCGGGAAUCGCGUGGUGCAGGAUCCCCCUGUGGGUGGUCAUUCUGGUGGGUGCUCACAGGAGUUUGCCUUCUGGCUGCGAGCCAGAUUGCAUCUACAAGUACCGGAUUCUGGGACCCCGUAGGCUUCAUGAAGGUCGGCGACGCCGCGGCCUUCAAGAGGCGCCGCGAGACAGAGAUCAAGCAUGGGCGCGUGAGCAUGUUCGCCACGAUGGGCUACAUCACGCCCGAGGUCGCUGGCAAGCUUCUUGGCGAGAUCCCCCCGUUUCUCGGGGUGAAGUUCGGGGCUGAAUUCAGAGCGUGAAUUACCUACCCCGCUUUCGCUUCCAGGCAAAACCAAGCCAUACCACGCGCCUCCUCGUCAAGCGGCCUGAUCAGUACAGGCUGCAAUUUGGCAUCGUUUGGUAUCUCUUGGAAGCGAGGGUGGUCAAAAGCGAGGAAGGUUUGUUUUCCCCCUAUGAAUGCCGAGACCGCGAACGGCCGCCUGGCCAUGAUGGCGAUCAUCGGGAUGUUCUUCCAGGGCGGCCUCACGGGCAGCGCCUGGGGCGACUGGGCGCUGUGCACGGAUUCCCCGCUGCGCGCAUUCGAGAGCGAACUGGGCGCGCAGGUGCUGGUGGGCUUCUGUACGACCCGCCGAGGGCUCCCGGCGACUACGAGAAUGGCGGCGUCCUGGGCGCGCCCAACGGCAGCACGCUGCCGGCCGGCGAGCCUGAGGCCCGCAAGCUGAACGCCGAGACCGCGAACGGAAGGCCGGCGAUGAUGGCGGUCAUCGGGAAGCGCGUGGGGCGAUUGGGGCGCUGUGCACGGUCUCCCCGCUGCGCGCCUUCGAGAGCGAGCUGGGCGUGCAGGCGCCAGUGGGCUUCUGGGGCCCCGCAGGCUUCGCGAAGGACGGUGGCGCCGCGGCCUUCAAGAGGCGCCGCGAGACAAAGAUCAAGCAUGGGCGCGUGAGCAUGCUCGCCACGAUGGGCUACAUCACGCCCGAGGUUGCUGGCAAGUUUCCUGGCGAGAUCUCCCCGUCUCUCGGGGUGAUGUUCGAGGACGUCCCGAAGGGGCUGGCUGCCUCUCCAAGGUGCCAGGACCCGGCUGGCUGCAGCUUGUGGCGCACUGCCUCUACUGCGAGUCGGGCCCGUUCGGAUACAACUCGGACCCUGACAGGAAGCCGGGCGAGCUCGGAUGGAGGCCUAUCGGUCUCUACAGCACCGACGCCACGGUCAGGCAGCGCAGGUUGAAUGCCGAGGUCCCGCACGGCCGCCUGGGCAUGAUGGCGAUCAGCGCCAUCUCCGAAGUCCCCGCGGCAGGCUUGGGGCAAAUCGUGGCCUACUGUUCGCUUUGCGAGCUGUUCCAGGACCAGUCUGCUGGCACCGAUGUCUCGGCGGGCGACUUCGACUUGAAGGCGCCGGCGGCCAGCGUCGCCGCGGCGAGGCGGUCGAAGCUGGCGGCUAAGAUUGCCAACUUUCGUCUGGCCAUCACGGCGGUCAUCGGCGUGCUCUUCCAGGAAUUGGAGGGUACGCACAUGCGUACCUCGUGUGUGCGACGAGAUCUGGAACAAGGACAUCAACAACGGCCGCAUGGCGAUGAUCUCGAUCACGGGCAUCUUCGUGGCGGAGCUAGCCACUGGCAAGGACGGCAUCCAGCAGUUCGGCAUUGACGUCGCAGAGGCCCGGACAAGGGCCACUUCCACGGCUGGAGCGGCUUCAGUUGCAUGACCACCGACGGCGGCGAUUGCCAGAAGGUCUGUUCGGCGACGCCCUCGCAGCACACUUCAUCAUGUUCGCCGUUAUCGUGGUCUGGUCCGGUUUGCUUUCCGGCGUCGCCUUCUCUCUGCUCAAGUGAACUGGCCUCCUAUGCAACAACGGCGCCACGGAGCCGUCGAGCAGUCCGAUUUCUAGCCGUACGACGCCUACGGCCAUUUCCUUGAGGCCUUCUCUUGGGAGUGAUAAUUCCUCCCGUUCCACAGGGUUGGUGCUAAACCCGAAAAGGUAUAAAACAAAUAACAAUUUGCGCAAAGCACCAUGGAGGUUUGGGGUGAACCGCAGAAACCCCUGCUUCGAGCUACACUUUGAAAUUCAUGGGCCGCCCUCGCCCUGCAGACAAGCCGUGGGGCUCAGGCGAGCACCCGUUGCCAGGAGAGCAACUGCACGUUUCCUCUCCUCGCCCUCUUCCUCCCUCCUCCCCUCUCUCCUGUUCCUCCGCCCCUCCUAGUGGUGUCGGGGCGAAGCGCUCGGCAACCGGGGGCGGCUACCGCGCCAGAGCCCUGGCGCCGUCCCGUCCGCGCCGGCCGCGCGUUGCUUCCCGUCUGCCGCACCAGGCCUCUUGUUUUGGUGCGGCCGCCACGUUUUAGUCUCAGUUCGCCAUUUUGUCUUCGUUAGUCACCGCCUCCAUGGUCGUGCACUGUCGGUCUCACGGCGUUGUGUUCUCACGCUAUUCGUUGGCGCGUGCCUUCGCCUUUGAGCUUUCUUUGUUACAUCACUUCUUCACCCCAGCUCUUCCGCACAUUGUACGCUGCUCCCAUACGUGUGGGAGGAAGUGUGGCCGCGGCGAGCUUCGGCUUUCGCCCGCCCUGCCCGCCCUGCAGGUGCAGCCUGCGGUGUGUCUGCUGCUCCCAGCGUGUCCGGCUGUGCUUGUACAGCUCGUGUCUCGUGCCAGUCGCUCUCGCAGGGCGGCCGCAUUAGGCAUCUCGCUGAUCUUCCCUCCCUCCUUCCGUUUUUGGUUUUCUCCUCCUCUUUGCUAGUGUCCUCCUCGUUUUAGCAUAUGUGUUUUUUCGCUCUGGUUGCAUCCCGUCCCCACGCACGGUUUUAGCUUGAAACGGGGGCCUCUGCGCGACGGGGUCGAUGCACGUGUAAAAGGCGUGCGCCCGUGGAGCAAUUGUAUCACAUUGCCUGAUUCGAGCUCUGCGCGUUUCACUCUGACGCUGGGUGGUUGGAUUGUCAGGUGGCUGCGUUCUCCUCUUCUUCCUCCA